AUGGAGGGGCCGAAGGGAACGGAGAACAGCACCUCCGGGAAGGCUCUGUGCCCCCUCGUGGAAAGCUACAAAUACAUCUUGUUACCCCUUACUUACAGCUCCGUCUUCGUGCUGGGGCUGCUCCUCAACGGAGCCAUGCUGCGGCUCAGCUGCUGCCGCGCCAACUGGACCUGCACCACCAUCUACCUGGUGAACCUGGCCGUGGCCGACCUCCUCUACCUCUUCUCUUUGCCCUUGCUCAUCGUCAACUACCUCCUGCAGGACACGUGGCCUUUCGGAGAGCUGCUCUGCAAACUGGUACGUUUCUUGUUUUACGCCAACCUGUACGGCAGCAUCCUGCUGCUGACUUGCAUCAGCAUCCAUCGUUUUCUAGGCAUUUGCCAUCCCAUCCGUUCCCUACCCUACCGGACCCGGCGCCUGGCCGCUGCCGGCACAGCGACGUCCUGGGCGCUGGUGUUCCUGCAGCUCCUGCCCACCUUGAUCUACGCUCGCACCGGCGUUAUCAACAACCACACCGUCUGCUACGACAUGACGAGCCCCGAGAACCUCAGCGGCUAUUUCCCCUACGGCAUGGCUCUAACCGCGUCUGGUUUCCUCUUUCCUUUCCUCGUCAUUUUAGCCUGCUAUGCCUGACCAUCAGAAGCCUCACGCAACACGCC